CUGCAGAUAUUCACAGGAAGCUGGACCAGCAAUGGCUCUGCAGAAGAUUCUGCUGCUGCUGCUGUGGCGAGGGGUUUCAGUGAACUCAGUUGCUUUUCUGCAGAAGAGAAUCAUUGGAGGUCAUGACUGUGAUGACAAGGAGCGUCUUUAUUAUGUUCGACUGGCGAUCGUCAAAGGACCGGAAAGGAAAGUCUGUGGUGCAUCUCUGAUCCACUCUGAGUGGAUCUUGACUGCAGCUCACUGCUGGAAGUCGGAGGCAGGAUGGCAUCACACAGCAAUGUUAAAAGUUCAUCCACGGACUGCUAAGCAGGAUAAUCAGUUAAUUGAACACCCUCCUGUGACCUAUACUACUGGCAAUGACCAUGACAUCAUGUUGCUGAAGCUUCAGAGACCAGUAACAGAUGUCCCUCCUGUUCAGCUACCAAAUUGCAACAAUCGUCUUAAAAAAGGCGAUACAGUUCAACUGGCAGGAGAGGGAGGAAUGAUAACCGGCCCCAAUAAUGAGCGAUUAACCUCAGCUCCUAUUUCAUCACAACUUCAGUGUGUCGACAUGAAAGUAGUUGCUGUUUCCCGCGUCAAGAAUGGAAGUGGUAGUGUAUUUCAAACUAAAACACAGAACAAGGAUGCAUGUUGUGGCGACUCUGGUUCAGGAGUGAUCUUCAACGACAUGAUUUAUGGUGUCAUCAUUGGAGGUGGAAUAACCUAUGCAUUUCAGCAUACGGUUGUUAUCAUGGAUGUGUGUGAAUACCUGGAUUGGAUAAAACAAACAACUGGGCUUAAAUAAAACAAACUGUCAUAAAAUUUUGCUCUACAGGUUUGUAGAAUUAGGAUGAAGAGAUCUUUCUGUACAGAGUUUGUUCUACUUGUGCAUGCGUGGGCUCUCUCCGGGUACUCCGGCUUCCUCCCACAGUCCAAAAAAACAUAACUGUUAAGUUAAUUGGUCUUUCCCAAAUUCUCCCUAGGUGAGAGAGUGUGUGCAUGGUUGUUUGUCCUGUUUGUUUCUAUGUUGCCCUGCGACAGUCUGGUAUACCCCACCUCUCGCCCGGAACGCAGCUGGAGAUAGGAACCAGCAACUCCUGACCCCAAUAAGGACAAGGGUGAACAGAUAAUGGAAGGAGAAAUAGUUUUUAAUUUUUCUCACCUGACCUUGACCUCCUUGAUAGAGCUUUAUCUUUCUCAGAAAUCAAAAAUAAAUCAAUAAUUGAAUGAAAGAGAAACAUUUCCUGGCUGAUUAUUUUUAC